CCCGCAAACUUCUCGCUCGCUGCCUCUUCGCCGCUUUCCUGGUGUUGUUGGGGUUUUUUUGGCUUUUUUUUUUUUGUUUUUCCUCGGGGGGGGGGGAGCUUGUUUUGGUUUUUGUUUUGCUACUUUGAUUUUUUUUUUUUUUUUUUUUUCCUCCUCCUCUCUCCUUGGGAAGACCCGCCUGCCUCUCUCGCCUCCCGUGCCCCACCGGAGAGGCCGGGAGCGGCUCCGGCGGCGCGGGCAGCACCUCCCCGGCGCACGGCGUGCGAGCCCGGCGGCGCGGCCCGGCCCGGCCCGGCUCGGCUCGGCUCGGCUCCGAGCGGUUCCCUGCGACCCGGCACGGCCCGGCUCGGCUCGGCACGGCUCGUCCCGGGCGCUCGCCCCCGAUAAUGCAGAGCUACAAGUACGACAAGGCGAUCCCGCCGGAGAGCAAGAAUGGGGGCAGCCCGGCGCUCAACAACAACCCGGCCAAGAGCAGCAGCAAGAAAGCCCUGCUCAUCUGCCUCGACUGCCUCUGCCUCGUCAUGGCCGGGUUGCCCUUCCUCAUCAUCGAGACAAGCACAAUCCAGCCCUACCAGAGGGGCUUCUACUGCGACGACGACAGCAUCAGGUACCCGCAGAAGAACGUGGAAACCAUCAACGACGCGGUGCUGUGUGCUGCGGGCAUCCUCAUCGCCAUCCUCGCAAUUAUAACGGGAGAGCUCUACCGCAUCCACUACCUGAAGGAGAAAUCCCGCUCCUUCAUCCAGAACCCCUACGUGGCAGCUCUCUACAAGCAAGUGGGCUGCUUUGUUUUUGGCUGUGCCAUCAGCCAGUCCUUCACAGACAUUGCCAAAGUGUCCGUCGGGCGCUUGCGGCCGCAUUUCCUGGCGGUUUGUGACUUGGAUUUCUCCACCAUCAACUGCGCCAAGGGAGUUUACAUCCAGAACUACACCUGCAGGGGAAAUGACAGCAGGGUGCAGGAAGCCAGGAAAUCCUUCUUCUCUGGGCAUGCAUCCUUCUCCCUGUACACCAUGCUGUAUUUGGUGUUCUAUCUGCAGGCCAGAUUCACGUGGAAAGGAGCCCGGCUGCUCCGUCCCCUGCUCCAGUUCACCCUCAUCAUGAUGGCAUUUUACACCGGGCUGUCCCGCGUGUCCGACCACAAGCAUCACCCCACCGACGUGCUGGCAGGCUUUGCACAGGGAGCCCUGGUGGCUUACUGCGUGGUGUUUUACGUCUCAGAUCUCUUCAAGCCCAAGACAAAGACUUGCCUGCCUCCACCUCCCAUCCGGAAGGAGAUCCUUUCACCUGUGGACAUCAUUGAGAGGAAUAAUCAUCACAACAUGGUGUAGAACUACGAGGAAUCAGAUGGUGUUGUAUUUUAAACUUUUUUUUUUUUUUUUGCGAAGAAAAGGUGACUGCUGACAGCAACUACCUGCUGCUCUCAAAUCUCAUCAGACAGUAGAAUGUAGGGAGAGACUUUCUUGCCUGACCAGUAAAGUCUUACUCUGUGGUCUUUUCAACUUGCGACAUUUGGAUGAAAGGGGUGGUGGUGGUCAACUAAGGCAAAGGCGACAACGAGAAAGGAAAGAAAAAACAAACCCACACAACACAAAAAGCCGAACAAACAAAGAGAGGUGCCGGAGUUCUGGAUGUGCAAUUGGUUUGAGUGU